CGAUGCUAAUGUUUAAACACUUCCCGGUUUUUAUCCUGACACGUGUCUUGGGGCUCUGCUUGUCUUCAUCAGACAAACCAAAUGCUUCGUUCAGGGUGUUUUUCCGUCUGCAUCUGCUGUGUUCGUGAUUCCUCUCUAAGUUACUGCUAACACGAUGUCAGAAGCAGUUCCUCCUUCCUCUUGUGUUCUCCCAGAUAACUUUACAGACACUGAUGACAUGGUAGCUCAGCCAGGUGACAUAAUGUUGGUAAACUCUCCUCCUGAUGAUGCGAAGGAAAUAUCAAAUCAUUUGAUGUCCCCUCUGGAGCAGCAGGACACAAACAGUGAUUCAGGAGACAGCUUGUUCAUCACUCAGAAAUGUGCACCUCAACGACGGAGGCGCUCAAACCGGAGAUCAAACUUCAGGGCCCACCGAGAGUCACCAGAAGAUGAAUAUGACGCAUCCACCUCCGAGGAGGAUCAUCCAGAAGACAGCAAGUGGAAGAAGAAAAGCUGCACAACACCGAAGUUCACCUUUCAUUUCCUCAAGGAGAGAAUGAUGACUAGGUUACCAUAUUAUCAGAACAGAAAACUUCAUUAUUACGCCAUGGGAGGUUACUUCAGAUGUACGGAGCAGCUUUGGGACAGCUAUCAAACAGGAGACGGUCUGCUGCUGUCUUUACCGACUGCGGACCAGGACGGAGGAGAGCCCAUGUCUCCGAUGUCAGAAGAGGAAGACGAAACUACAGAAAAUGAAGACAUCAGAGUGGUGGAAAAGAAGCUCUUUGUGGUGUCGAAAACAAAGAACUCCCAACCUUGGUACAAUCCCAGAAAGAGAUCCAGUGAAGAAACGCAACACAAUGAAGAACACGACAAUGCUGCACGCGAGCCACAGGGAGGACCGGGAAUAAUGACGCGCAAAAUGUCGACGCGGAUACCCUUGUUGAGGGGGCCGUCCUCUUCGAAAACAAAGGAAUCCGAUGAAAUCUCGGAAGAGACGGAGUCGGUCGAUAAACGAGUGUCAACGUCUGGAAACCUCCCUGCUGAAACUGGAAUGGGAAAGAAGAGCAGAUCUCCAGGAAAUGAGAGUAGAGCAAGUGGUCUUAUUCCUGAAGAGAAUGAACAGAUGCUUGGUAACGAAAGCGAUGCCACAUGCCGGGGUCUGAGUGCAGAGCAGAGCGACAGAGAAGCAACAGACUCUCAUACUGGGGCGGAGGAACAAACCGGUGUACGAGAUAAUGAUAUAGAGUGUAGAACAAUCAAGGUAAAAAAGAGGAAGAAGGAAAAAAAGGACAGAGAAGAUGACAAAUGUGUAGAGGAAGGAAAAGAUCAGAGUGUAGGGGGAGCUGAGGGUCAUCAGACUGAUCCCUCGGCAAACCUCAUUAUCACUGAGGCAGUGGAAGCUCCUUGUAUGGAGAAGGAGAAACGUCAAGAAGAAGAAACGUGGAUACCCUCGUCGAGGGGGGCGUCGUCUUCAAAAACAAAAAAGUCAGAUGAAAUCUCGGAAGAGACGAAGUCGGUCGAUAAACGAGUGUCAACGUCUGGAAACCUCCCUGCUGAAACUGGAAUGGGAAAGAAGAGCAGAUCUCCAGGAAAUGAGAGUAGAGCAAGUGGUCUUAUUCCUGAAGAGAAUGAACAGAUGCUUGGUAACGAAAGCGAUGCCACAUGCCGGGAUCUGAGUGCAGAGCAGAGCGACAGAGAAGCAACAGACUCUCAUACUGGGGCGGAGGAACAAACCGGUGUACGAGAUAAUGAUAUAGAGUGUAGAACAAUCAAGGUAAAAAAGAGGAAGAAAGAAAAAAAGGACAGAGAAGAUGACAAAUGUGAAGAGGAAGGAAAAUAUCAGAGUGUAGAGGGAGCCGGAGGUCAUCAGACUGAUUCCUCUGCAAACCUGAUUAUCACUGAGGCAGUGGAAGCUCCUUGUAUGGAGAAAAAGAAGAAGAAAAAGAAACUUGAAAACCAAUAUAUCAAACAGGAGGCGGAUGAACAAUCAGACCAGCAGAAGGAGAAGGAUUUUGUUGUGGUGUGUGAAACUGAAAAUGUUGAUACAGACUCUUUAAAGACCAACAAAGUUGCCGAGUCUGCGACGAAUGACGUACAUGUCCCAAAGAAAAGGAAGAAAAAGAAAAAAGACUCUUCAGAUCUGAAUCAAACAACAACAGAACAACCAAAGGCAAUAGAUCAUUCAAGUAAUGGUGAAGUUUUUCAGGAAAUGCUGGAAUUCAAUGGGUUUAAAAGAAAAAAGCACAAAAAGAAAAAGAGGCAGCCGCCUAAUGACAAUCAGACAGAUGUGGACUUAUCAAAUGAUCCCUCGACCAUGCCAGAAAAUACAGACUUUGUUUAUAAAAAGAAGAAAAAGAAACAUGUGUCUGACCAAGUCGGACUUGCGGAAGAAGAUGAAAGUGUAGAGAAAACUUCAAAAGACAGGCAAGAUAUUGAGCCGGAGACCAAGAAGAAGAAGAAGAAGAAGAAAAUGAAGGACGAUAUCAACGUAAGUAAUUCAGAGGACAUGUUGGGAUCUGGUGACUAUUCCGGGCUUGUGCGCGAAAAGAAAAAGAAAAGGAAAAGGACCCCUUCCGUCCAUUCUGCUGAUGAGGAACAGUCUCCAUCUGCUCAUGAGUGCUGUGCUGAAAAGCCUGAGGUCAGCGCUGGUGAGUUAGCCGCCGAAUCAGCAGACGUUUCUGAACAUUUGCAAGAAUCAAAAGAUGGCAAGAAGAAAAAGAGGAGGUCAGCAACUGUCUCCGAGAGUGAGGAAAGGGAGCUGGAGGAAACAUCUGAAGUGCUGGUCAAGAAUAAAGAGAAACGCAAGAGAACUGAAAGGCUCACGGGAAGUUUGGAGAGCGCUGAGCAAUCUCAAACCGAAGAAGCGGUGGUUGUGAAGAAGACAAAGAAGAAGAGAAGCAGACAGGAGGUCCCGCAUGAGGAGCAAGGAACAAAUCCUGGGACUGGUUCUAGGUUUAACGCAACGUCAUCUAAAACAUUUCCAGCAGAACUCGAGACGUCUUCCUCUCGCUGUGUGGAGAGGAAAAGCAAGCGCAAUGCAAAAAGACGACUUUACAAUCCAGAUAAAGAUUUUUUCUCAGACUUAAACAGAAGACCCGAUAAAUCAUGAUGUCACAAGGUUUAUUUAUUUUAUUGUGAACUGUCCACUUUUUUAGAGUGACAAUGUUGAAAUUUAAAACUUUUUCGGUUCUGAAUUAUUAUUAUUUUUUUCUAUAUUUAAUUUUGUAUCAAAGUACUUUUUCACCAGAAUAGUUUUCAAUUAUUUUAAAAUUGAGACAUAAUGUACAAAAAUUUAAAGAAUUUUUAUGAAAACUA